AUGUGUCCCUCAUUGGGUUUAAUAGGGAGGAUUCAAUAUAAGUGUUUGAACGAUAAUAUGAGAUUUGAAGGAGAACUACUCUACCGUAGAGAUGACGUAGAGAUGACAGCCGUUCACCACCUCCACCACAAAAUUAAGAGGCGACUCACUCUUCUUCCUCCUCGCCUCUUGGUUUUUUCUCAAGAAAGAGAUACUUCUGUGAAAUGGUUUUCAUGCCUACCCCCAGUUAACCACACACGAGAAGCUGUCAGUUUUUGUGCCAAUCCUCAAGGAAAAGCCCCAAAGAAUCCAGUAGUGCCUUUAAUGGUCCAAAUGGUGACUCGGAUUCCCAAGGGACAUAAACACAACAAAGUAUCUAAGACUCAACUGAAGGACCAAUAUUUCAACAUCCUAUUGACCCAUGUUCAAAUCCUGGCACUACUCAGCCCUUGUGGCCAUGGAGGUUCGCCUGCAGUGACUCCAGGGCAUGAGUCAAAGCCUCAUGUUUGCAGCGGGGAUUAGUCGGUGCGCGAAAGCUGGCCCGGAAACCCUUGUGAGGGAAGUUCCCUUUCCAAAAAAAGUCUAGACUUAUUUUUUUUACACUUAUUUCAUAUUAACUAGAAAAGGGGUCCAUGUAGUUUUGUUUUUUUCUCAUCUAUUUCAAGUUGGUUUAGGGCGAAAGUGGUCAUUUUACAUAGACUUAACAUUUCAAAGACAUAAAUUGUGGCCAAAUGUGGGUUUUGAGGGCAAAAUGGUCAUUUUAGAUGGACUUAACACCCGAGGGAUGAAAAGUAGCAUCAAUGAUGGUUUUAGAGGCACAACGGUAAUAUUACAUAGACUUAACACUAUAGGACAAAAAAUAUGACCAAAUGUGGUUUUAAGGGUAAAAUGGUCACUUUAUAUGGACUUAACAUGAGAGGGACAAAAGAUUUAACCAAUAUUAACCAUUAACCAUAAGUUACACUAAUAUAUUUCCAAAUAAUUGCCUUUUAAAUUUACAAUUCCAAAUAUAAUUACAUACCAUAUAUUUAAUAUUGUAUUAUAUUAAAAACAUUUAUUAAUAUUAUGCGUUCGGUUCAGUUUUUAUUGGUUUGGUUUGGAUGAAAACCAUACCCAUAUGUAUUUGGUUAAUCAAAAAUAAAAACUACACCAUCUUGUUUAGUAAAUGCUUAGUUAAAAUGGUUCGGUUAUAUCACUUAAUUUAGUUUUGAUUCAGUUUUUCGGUUAUAUUUUCACCCCUAAUUAUAAUUUCAUAUAAAUUUGUUUUCUUUGUAUGUUUAAUUAUUUAUACGUGCGAUGUUUGAUAUAAACCAAUUUAGGUUAACUAUGAAAUAUAUGAUAUUUUGAUGCAAUAUUUGAAAUAUUUGAAAUGAAUUAUGUGAAUCUCACGUCAAUUGACACAUAAUUAGGUUGUCUAAGUCUUUGUUUUUUUUCUUGUAUUAAGUUGAUAAAGUUUAUUGAAUGGAUAAUGAUAUAUGUAUGGAUAAAGUAUUACUCAUAUAAAUAUUGUUAUUUUCCGUAUUGAAUGAACAGUCUGAAUUUGAACAGAAGAGUAUUUACCAUAUUUUUAAAAAAUUACAAAUAAAAAUAUACCACUUAUUUGAUAAUUAUAAAUUACAACUAGUGGAGAAACCGCGCUCCGCGGGGUUCGGUUAAGACCAGAGUUUUAUACUUUUGUUUAUCGGUUAUGUAUGCGGUUUAGUUAGCCUACCAUACAUCUAUCCAUAAAUUGUACCACCCAACAUAGCCUACAAUACAACUUUUUUUUUUCUUCUUACAGUAACAUUUUUAUUAAAUUCAUAACUGUCUAGCCUUUUUGAAAUUGUCUAAUUUAUAUUUUUCUUUUUUAUGAUUUUCAAUAAUAUAUUCAUGCUACUGUGAUUUUUUGACAUAACAAAACAUUUAAUAUAAAUUUUUUCUAACAAAAAUUGAAAUUACAUGAGUAUUUUAACAAAUCACUAUAAUAGUUUUUAAAAUUUAAACAAUCAUAAUUUGAUAUCAUAUUUCAGACAUACACAUACUAAGAGCAUGAGAAAAUAAAGCAACCUAAGAAUGCAGUUAUCCAGAGCCAAAAGUUUAAGAUUUAUUAAUGAAAACUUGGUGUCUUCAUCGUGUUUUCUUUUAACUACAUCUGGAUAUAAAAUGCUAGAUGUUACACCACAUAUUUUAGAUGAUAUAGCUAAAAGUGUGCAUAUUGUGUCCUCUGUGAAUCUUCUUCUGAGCUCCACAUGGAAUCUACCACUUGCACAAUUACAAAUGGUAGAAGAAUGAAGGUAAUAGAGUAAGUGAAGAACAUGAGGGUUUAUGUUCUAACUGUUCUUUGGUUUAGCGUUAUCUCUAUAAAGAGAUAAAUAAACAUUAUAGUCCUAUAAAAGCAAAACAAAGAUUUUAAAAAAAAUUGUUAAAGAAUUGGAAAAUAGUAAAACCCUGUCAUUAUAAAAAACCAAACGAUUAAUCAGAGGUUGGAGAUUUAUCAGCCACCGAUCAAAGCAGAAACAGAAUCGCCUAAUCAUAAGAUAGGUAAAAGAUUAUGAAAAAGAAGUAUUACACUUUGGAUAUUUCUCAUCAAAAAGAUAAGUGCACCUCUUUGAAGAUUACACUAUGAGAGACCUUGUUGAAGCCCUACAAAAUCGACAUAGAAGCAUUUAUUUAGAAGCAAUAUGAUAGGGAAAAGAUUAUGAAAAAGAUGUAUUUAGUCAAAAGGGAGUCAUCAAGAACCAGUUUUCGGAACAUCUUCAAAGAAGCUUCGUUUAAAGCCCCAAUCAUUUAAAAGUUGAAGUGGUUAGACCUUGUGGGUGAGAAAAACUGGACAAAAAGAAGAUGAUUAGAAGAACUCAUGACCUUAAAAUUACCUUAAUUUGAGUUUCCAUGAACCCUUUUAAUCAGGGCUUUGAAUAGUUAGAACAGUCAACUCACCAUCUUUGUCAUCAUCCCAAUCUGCUGGCUGCAAUUUUAGAUCAUUAUAAGUAAAAACUAAAUAAUAAAAAAUCUAAAAUGGAUCGGAGGGUCAAGCCAUGAUUGUAAUUGUUUUUUACCACAAAAUCAAAUGAUCCAUAUAAAUACAUAAAUGAAGGAAUGGUAAAAUGGUCAUUUAAUUCUAAUACUUAGAUCGUUUACUCGGACCAAUGGAUAGCAACCUACAAACAAUUCUAGUGUACUUUCAAUUUCCAACUCUUCCAUAGGCUUAUUAAGAAUACGGCUAAAUGCUAGAAAUAGAAACGUACUUUAACUUAUUUGUUUAUCCCAACAAUCUACUUUCAUUUCUUUCUAUUACGACAUUAUACUUUCAGUUAUUUUAUUUAUUAACACAUUGUACGUUAAAAAAUUUAUUCAUCUAUAGCAUUGCACCUUCAAAAUAAAAAAUAUAUUAGGACAUUGUAUUUGAAAAACAACCCAUAUAUAACAAUGAAAAUUGUUUUGUAUCAACAUUACUAUAUUAGACGGAGUUUUCAUCAUACAAAGUUAUAAUAAGUAAAAAAGAGCGUAGGAUGCGAUAAUAAACAAAAAACAAAAGUACAUAUCUGUUUCUUGCAUUUAGCCCUUAAGAAUUGUGAAAAAUCCGUUAACCUAUCACACUCCAUAAGGGUUUAUCUUCAGCAAGUAAAGAUUUUAAGCAAAUAAAUAUUGUAAUUUAUGAGCCUUACUUUUAGCAGCAAGAAACCCCGAACAAAAAACAAUUCCACUGGUAGCAAAUGGAUGUGCAACAACAAAGAACAACUAUCUGAAACCCAAAAUACAUGUUACCAGCUUAAUUUGAGCAAAAAAAAAAAAAUAGGAAACCAAAAAGAAGAAAAGUCAAUCAUGACAACAAUCAACCAUUAUCUUAACAAACCUUUGAUCUUUUGAAGCAUAACAUCCUCAUAAAUAUUAAACUCUGACUUAAAAUCUUGCAGGGAAUCCUAUUACCUUCCUAGUAGUGCUUCAGAAUUUUUGCACCAAAUGAGAACUCAAAACACAGAAGUUUGAAGUUUUAGUAACAUAGAGUUUUUCAAGAAGAUAAAUCAAGAAAAGGAGGAUCAUAAUGCAAUUUAUUCUUACCCUCGAGCCAUAAACCUCAGCAGUAUCAAACCAAGUUAUAGCACUAUCUAAACUUGCAGCAAAUGCAUUCUUACAAGCUUUCAUCUUCCUAUCUGCAAUCGUCCGGAAGAGAAACCUAGUCCUGAUAUCAUUUUCAGUCAGAAACCAAUAGAUAAUAGAGCACAUAAGCUUAAAACAGUUCACUGGGGAGUUUUCACGAACACCUGGCGGACAAAUUUUCAAUAUUUAAUCAAAAUUACCAUUCCAUUUGAAAUUGUUCCAAUAACUGGUAGGGUGUCAUGACAAAGCUCCAAUUGCAAGCUUUGUAAACUUGAAAUCAGAACCACCCGGCUUCACAAACUUAUCUUCCUCGUCGUUCAACCUUUCUCUCGCUAAAAGCAAAGUUUCAGACACUGGUUUGUUAUUAUGCUUUAACUACUAAUCUAAGUACAAACAUUACUUUUUUGUGUUCGAUGCAGAAAUUCUCCACACCCACCACUACCACCGCAGCUGCCAAUGGUGAUAGAUGCAAACCUAUUGAAAUGUUACAUACCUGGUUGAAAACCAUUGGAGUAACUGGAGAGGAACAAAAGUUAGAGACCUGAUGUCGGUUGAGGGAAAUCAAAGAGUCACACAUUCCAUUUCCAAAUUCGAUUUUGAGGACUUUCAAUUUAAGUCAAUAGCUGAUAAACGUACCCUUUUUUUUUGAGGAAUUUAGGAAUAAUCAAUGAAUAUCCAGUUUCCAAAGUCGGACAAUUAUUUGUACAUAGGAAACAAACGAACUCAGAAAUGUUAAACCGGAAUAAAGAACCAAACACAAAAAUUAGAAAUCAAUAAAAAAAGCAUUAAUACCUUUAUGUGGGACCAAAAUCUUCGUGCUAAACCUCCAGUGGUGGCGGCAUCUAGGGUGGACAAAAAUUAGAAGUAUAUGAGAAACAGUCGGACUAAAAUCUUUCUCUUCAACCUCAUAAAAAACCCAAAUCGGUGGUAAGGGAGCAGGUAGGGAAUCAAAAGUAGAAAACGAAUCACUAUGCUUUGACCGUUCUUCCUUUUGAUUGUUCCCCUUUUCAUCAUCGAUCUUUUAUUCCAAAUGGUCAAAAAACAAAAAAUCAAAAGACAAAAGCAAACCUGUCGUCUUCUUCUGAUGGGACGAUCCGACGAUUUUAGAAAUUGAUCACAUAAGGUUUGAAGGGAGAAGGUGGAUACCGUAUCGAGUGUUCAAGUCGACAAACUGAGAGGAGCAGGAAGUGGCGUUGGGAAGCAUCAAGAAGAAAAAAAGAUACAGAAGGGAUAGAUGUACAUGUCAAAGUGAAUAAAGAAGCAUUUGAGGCGGUGGAAUCUGUUGAUGGAUUAACCAGGUGAAGGAAGCAAACACAUGUAGUGGAAUCUGUUGAUGGAUUAACCAGGAAGCAGUGGACACAUGUACAGAACACUUAUCACUCCUGAAAGAUGCAAACACGUGUGACAAACAAUAUCUAUAUUGACGUAAAAUGACCUUAAGACGGAUUUGAACAGACACAUAUAAACAAAGGACCAAUUAUGCCAACCCUUAGAAGAAAGAACUGCAAACACACCCAUAAUCAGGGGACCAGUUCUGCCCAAAGCCUAAGAAGAUCACUGUAGCUAAGAUAGG